AUGGCUCCUCAGGAACAGACUCCGUUGGUAUCGCCUCCUUUGCGGGCAGCUUAUGUCCAGCAACCGGAAGGGCUCAAACUGUCUCCCCUUAACACAACAUUGUACCAUGAGGUGGAAUACGUGAUGAAAAACUCGAUUCCUGUCUUGUUAACCUUCUUGUUCCAGUAUCUGUUCCAGAUAAUGAUUCCCAUCUACUAUUCCAGUCAGUUGGGCGAAAAAUACCUCUCCGCAUGCUCGCUGUCCAUCACCACAUUCUAUGUCACCGGUCCGGUCAUUGUGAACGGGUUUUCGACCUCGCUGGAUACCCUUUGUUCCACUGCUUAUGGUGCCGGUCAUUAUGAAAAAGUCGGACUCUACUUCCAACGGUGCACAGUGAUCCUGUUGCUCUUGUUGAUCCCUGUGUGCGGGCUUUGGCUCAACUCGGGCCCAAUCAUUUACAUGGUCACCGGAAACAAAGAAAUAGCAGACCUCUGUGCAACUUACUUGAGUGUCAUGGUUUUCGUCACACCGGCCCUUGUGGUUUUUGAGUGUUCUAAAAGAUACCUCCAGUCGCAAAACAAGUUCAGCGUUCCCACCCGGAUCAUCUUCCUGGCCGUUCCCGUUAGUGUUCUGCUCAACAAGGCCCUUGUCCCCGUCAUUGGCUUCAAUGCUCCCGCAGUCUCGUUCGUGUCGACUUACUGGCUCAUCGCCGUCCUCCUUUGCCUGUACAUUUACUUCAUCGACGGAUACCAAUGCUGGCAUAAAGAUACUUCUUUUGCACUGCUGAUGGCCGACUGGUCGCCGUUCUUCGCCCUGGGAGUGCCCGGAGUGCUGAUGAUCUUAUCAGAAGCCUUUGCGUUUGAGGUGAUCACGUUCUUGUCUGCCAAGUUUAGUCCGCUGGAGCUGGCCUCGCAGUCGAUCGUGGCCACCAUCGCGUCUCUUGGGUUUCAGAUCCCGUUCUCCGUGGGGAUCUGCUGCUCCACCAGACUGGCCAACAUCAUCGGAGCAAGAUCAGAAAACUACAAGAUCGCCAUCGAAGUGGCUCUCGCGACCGCGUGUUUCCUCAGUUUCUUCAACUUUGGAUGGAUGUCGCUCUUCAGGUACCAGCUGACCAACAUGUUCACCAACAAACCAGAGCUGGUGGAGUACGCUUCGAAACUGUUUCUGGUGGUGGCAUUCAACCAGUUCCUCGACUGCAUCAACGUGAUCUGCGCCUCGGUCCUGAGAAGCCAGGGUAGACAGCGCACAGGGUCCAUUUUGAGCGUGGUUUCGUACUACCUUAUUGCGCUGCCAUUUGAGAUCUUUAUGGCUUUCUACUGCGACAUGGGCGUCUACGGGCUGUGGCUCGGGCUCGCGGUGGGCGUGUCUGCUUUGUCAAUCUCGGAACUGAUCAUUGUGCUGAAGUCCGACUGGGAGGCCAUCAUCGUCAACAGUACACAGAUAGUUUAA